AUGACAUUGGAUUCUAUGGGGGAAGGGACUUGGUUUGUGUUUGGCUUUCAUUGUUCUCACGAUACCAAUGUCAGUUUAGUUCAAAGCUACAAACUUAAGCUUCACUCACCAUCGCAUCUGAAAGACAUUCCGCCGGGUCUCCAAACACAGGGUCACAUCCAUUACUAUAUCAAUGACGAUAAUAACAAAGACGCUAUCGCUGCCGGUUACGCCUCUGCUGACGAUGCUAUUCCAAUUAACUCCGGCAUGAACUGCAAACGUGAGCAUAAACAAGAAAGUAGGGAAAGGGGGUUGGAGAGGAAUAUAAAGCCUAAUGAUAUGGCUUAUGUUGCAGUUGCUACUGCAACUUCUUUAGUAGCCUCUCACUGCCUUGAAAUUGUAGAAUAUAUGGGAGCUGAACAUGAACAGAUUGCAACUGCAGUCGACUUGGCUAUUAAUGCGAAAACGAAUGGAGAUAUUAUGACUCUUACAGCUGGAGCAGCAACAUCCUUGCGUGGAGCUGCAACUCUAAACGCGCGUCUAAAGAGGGGGAUUGGAGCUAUUACGAUUCCCCCGAUUGAGGAUAAGUGUGGCGAAGCCAAAAAAGCAAGCAUCUUGACAGCACUGGACUUUGUCUUUCAAGGAGGUGUACUUCUCAAACGUACAAAGAAAAUGUACACAAAGAUGCACAGAUUCAUGGAAAUCUCAGAUCUUAAUAAGUCAAAUAUGCAAAUCUUGCUGGCGAUAUUGGCUACUACGGGUAAGGAUUUAAAAGACUCACGAGUGCUAACUGAUGUCGGUGACGUCCCUAUUCAAGAAAUUCGAGAUUGUGGCUUAGAUGAUAAAAGAUUGAUGAGUGUCAUUGGCGAAUCUGUCAAGUUAGUGAUGGAAGAGGCUCCUCUAAGACCCUUAGUUUUAGGUGGUGAUCACUCAAUAUCAUUUCCAGUUAUUAGAGCUGUCUCGGAGAAGCUUGGAGGACCAGUUGAUGUUCUUCAUAUUGAUGCGCAUCCUGACAACUAUGAUGCAUUUGAAGGGAACAUUUAUUCGCAUGCUUCUUCCUUUGCUCGUGUCAUGGAGGGUGACUAUGUUCGGCGACUCUUGCAGGUUGGUAUUCGAUCAAUAACAGCUGAAGGACGUGCACAAGCAAAAGUAAAAUAUCAUAAAGAAACCUCAAUUGACUCCACUAUUUCAUAUCUUGGAUUCAAAAUCAAAGAUAAGGAAAUUCAAGGAAGAAAAAAAGGCCCUAGGCUAAAACUAGGGGAAGGUGUGAAAGGGGUGUAUAUCUCGAUAGACGUGGAUUGUCUUGAUCCUGCAUUUGCUCCGGGAGUGUCUCAUAUUGAUCCGGGAGGUCUUUCUUUCCGCGAUGUUCUUAACAUCCUACACAAUCUUCAAGGUGAUGUUGUUGCUGGAGACGUCGUUGAACUCAACCCACAACGCGAUACUGUUGAUGGAAUGACUGCUAUGGUAGCUGCUAAGUUGGUCAGAGAAAUGGCUGCAAAGAUUGCAAAAUGA